UCUUAAUUCUUCGUUCCGUUAUUCUUUUAAUAAGAAUCAGAAUUGAAUUUUUAGUUGGGUUUGUGAAUUGAAAUUGGAAAUUUUGAAUCACAAAAUUUGGUUUAAAGGCGAUUAAUUAAGUCCCUUUCUUGCUAUUUUUUUUCUCUCAUUUUUGUAAAUUUAUUUGUAGAAACAUAUGGGGUUAGUCCCAAUACUUACAUAAAUUUAUGCAAUAUUUGGAAGAAGAAAAAUUGAGGUCCAGUCAAAUAAAGUUCAAAUUUUUAAUCUAAUAUGUAGAUACAACAACAAGCUUUAUUCCACUAGGAGGGAUCGCCUAUAUGAAUUUUACAACGCCACUGCACUUGGUUAUAUAUCAACAUAUUUCAUCCUCAAAAGGAAUUUAUGUAUGCAUUAGUUUUCAUCUUCUUGUUCUUCUGUUCUUGUUUUUAAUUUUAACGACAUAUUAGUUUAUGUUCGAUUUUGAAAUCUUUAAAUGUUUUUUUCUGUUUCUGUUUGUUCUAUUACUUGCCAUGUUUUCGGAUAACUUGGAGUUGUAGACUGUGUUUGUCAGAGUAGAUCGGCAGAUCGUAGUUUGAUAUGAUCAUAUAGAUUUGAUAUGGUAUGGGUUCCCAAGUUCUUUUGAGCAAUUUUAAAGGAGAAAAAACAUAAGAAGUAUCUGCAUCAACUAGUUGAGAAUUUGGAUUUAAGCUAGUUAGUUAGAAGUAAAUGGAAUCGUUACCGCUCGAUAAGGCUUCGGUUGAAUUUUGUUUUGCUAUCAUCUGAACUGGUAUAUAGUUGAAAUGUAACAAGAACUCACAUGCAAUCGGCUGUUUUGCUGCACCAGGCAAUAGUGAAAUGGUUUGGUUAGUCUGGGAAAAGUGUCCCAUAAUAUCAUAAAUCUACUUUUCAACUCUUUUGGGUCACAUAAUGUUUCUCAUAAGGCGUGAUUUCAUUCUUUUAUGAUCCAACUUGCAACAAUCAGCUCAAUAUGUUGAUAAUUGUUGCUAUUUCAAGCCAAACUGAAACGGAAAACAAUUGAAAUUUUGAAAAAUAUCCAGUUUGUAUGGAAGAGGGUGGGCCUUGGCGCAACGAAAGGUUGCUCCUUUGUGACCAAAAGGUCAUGGGUUCGAGUCGUGGAAACAGCCUCUUUGCAAAGCAAGGGGUAAGGCUGCUUACGAUAGACGUUCCUCCCCCAACCCUUGGAAAGUGGGGAGCCUUGUUGGCUCGGGAUUGCUCUUUUUUUAUUCGGUUUGUAUGGAAAUUGAAUGAUGGUUGCUCCUAAUAUUUUUGCUAAUCAUGUUUAUGUACAGAUUCCAACAUGUGUUCAAGGUAUACUCAUUAGUGCUUAACGCUCCAAUGGACUAUCUUGGUUCUGAAAAAAGUACGUCUAGCCGGAUUGGGGACCGAUCAACCAGUGAUGUUGUUGUGAGGAUACGCACAGAGGAUGGGCGGGAUGAUCGGCUAUAUUGUCAUUCCCAGAUCCUCAUGGAAAAGAGCAAGUAUUUCGCUGAUCGCCUAUCUGAAAAUUGGCCAACAUGUCAGAUUCUUGACUCACGCAACUGCGUUGACGUAUACUGCCAAGAAUCAGAAUUUGACCACCAUGUCAUUGUUCUCCGCCUUUUUUACGUCGCAGUAGAUGGCUUAGUUGGUAACUUGUGGCAUGGUGUAAAAAACGCCAUUGGAAUUCUCCAGGUGGCUGUCAAGCUUGGAUGCCCACAAAUCAUAACUGCUUGUGUGAACUACUUAGAAGCAGUUUCCUGGGAAGAGUCCGAGGAGGAGGACAUUUUAAAGAUCGUACCACGCCUGGGAUCACAAGUGGAGCCAAUUCUUGCCCGUCUUCUUCCAGUCAAUCACUCAUCAAUUAUGGGGAUAUUUUUGUCAACCAUCCGAUUUGCCACAUCGUGCCCUCCUCCAAUCAUGAAUGAUCUCAAGUCUUCUGCCCAGGAGCAGCUUGAGUACAUGAUUACUGAAGAUGAUGAUGCCCCGCUCUUAACAGCCGAUGAUGGGAUCAAAUCCGAGGUGAAAGAAUGUGUGAAUAGAUUAUUUGGAAGAUUUAGUAAUCUAUUAGAAGCCUUGUUAUGUGAAGUAGAAUUAUCUUCUGAUGGAGGGAAGAUGCAGUCGUUUCAAACAUUUUUAUCAGAUCUGUCGUGGGCAUGCCAGAUAUUAACUAAGUUGGAAACUAUGAGGGAACUUGUCUGCAAUUGGAUGGAUGCAUCGGAUAAAAUAGUUAACGUUGUAAAGCAAGCAAGGCCGACAGCUGAACUAAUUGAGACAAAGCUUAGGAUUGUUGAGGUUGCAGCAAAGAUUCUAGAGGCAAUAGGUUACGGCACUGUCAUUUUGCCAACUGCAAAACGGCUUCAUAUGGUUAAGGUGUGGCUUCCUUUUGUGAGGGUUGCGAAACCAGUGAUCGAUUCUGCCACAACUACCGGUGAUGACGCUCCUGCACUAAAGAUGGAUAGUGAACUGUGGCAAUCCUUGGAAUCCACAUUUGUUUCCAUAAUUCUUACGCUUCCAUCCGUCGAGCAGGCGGAGAUAUUGACUGAAUGGUUGGAGAAUGAACAUAUUCAAUAUCCUGACCUGACCGAGGCAUUUGAGGUAUGGUGUUACAGAUCCAAGGUUUCCAAAAGAAGACUAUCAUUUAUAUCGGUGAACCAUGAGAAAAUCGAUACACAUUAAGUCAUUAACCUCUUCAUUUGAUCCUUUUCAACCAUUUUCGUACUGAUUUCUCGGACGCCCUUUCUUAACCAAUGUGUUUUACGAAAAAUUGGGGAGAUUGGGGAAAGACCGCAGGAAGUAGAUGGAAUAUUUGAAUUAGUAGCUCGAGGGUGUCAUAUGUCAUUUGAUUUCGGGUCUCAUGACUCCGAUGCAAUAUGAGAGCUUCCGCCGACAUCUUUCUAGUAUCCAUCUAUGACUGGCAGGCAACAAAGUUUGAUGCCGAGCAGUGAACCAUCCACAGAACUGAUAAGCGAAGCCCGCCAAAACCCAGUUCAAACAUUUUUCCAUCCAAAUCGUUGCAGCUUGAAGCAUCCUCUGUGCGCAAGACUCACCCAUUGAUCCUGACCCUGUGCUGUGCAGAUUUGAGUUAUCAGUUUGAAGGAAGAAAGAAAUUUUCCAAGCACCCCUGACCCUGUAAACGCCAGACUUUAAUUACCGAAUAUUUGUUCAUAACCAUCGGAACACCUACAAUGCUGUAACUUCACAGCUAGCUUUCUCUGAAACACCAUAUUCCCAAAGCUAAUUAGUCUGAAGCCAACGGAAAAAAGAAAUUGAAUGAAACUAUUUAAAUUUCGAGAUUCA